UUCCCUCGCAGGCCCCGCCGCCGCAGCCAUGGCGGAAGUUCAUAGACGUCAGCAUGCCCGGGUUAAAGGAGAAGCCCCCGCGAAAUCCUCCACACACAGACAUGAGGAGGAGCUGGGGAUGGCGUCGGCCGAAACGCUGACCGUAUUCCUGAAGCUGCUGGCCGCCGGCUUUUACGGCGUGAGCUCUUUCCUGAUCGUGGUGGUCAACAAGAGCGUGCUCACCAACUACAGGUUUCCCUCUUCACUUUGUGUUGGACUUGGCCAGAUGGUGGCUACAGUGGCAGUACUCUGGGUGGGAAAGGCACUCAGGGUGGUCAAGUUUCCUGACUUUGACAGAAAUGUACCUCGAAAGACGUUUCCACUACCUCUACUAUAUUUUGGGAACCAAAUCACGGGACUGUUCAGCACAAAGAAACUGAACUUGCCAAUGUUUACAGUUCUGAGAAGGUUCUCCAUCCUGUUUACAAUGUUUGCUGAAGGAGUUUUACUCAAGAAGACUUUUUCUUGGGGUAUUAAGAUGACUGUAUUUGCAAUGAUCAUUGGAGCCUUUGUAGCUGCAAGCUCUGACUUGGCAUUUGAUCUGGAAGGUUAUGUUUUUAUUCUGAUAAAUGAUGUCCUGACAGCAGCAAAUGGUGCCUACGUAAAACAAAAAUUAGAUUCAAAAGAGCUGGGAAAAUAUGGUCUGCUCUAUUACAAUGCACUGUUCAUGAUUCUGCCCACCCUGGCCAUUGCAUAUUUUACGGGAGAUGCCCAAAAGGCAUUGGAUUUUGAAGGCUGGGCUGACACCCUCUUUCUUCUGCAGUUCACCCUCUCUUGUGUGAUGGGGUUUAUCUUGAUGUAUGCUACAGUGCUUUGCACUCAGUAUAAUUCUGCUCUUACAACUACGAUAGUUGGCUGUAUUAAGAAUAUAUUAAUAACUUAUAUUGGAAUGGUCUUUGGUGGAGAUUAUAUUUUCACUUGGACAAACUUCAUUGGCUUAAAUAUCAGCAUUGCUGGGAGCCUGGUGUAUUCCUACAUCACCUUCUCUGAAGAGCAGCUGAGCAAACAAUCAGAGGCCAGUAGCAAGCUGGACGUUAAGGGGAAAGGAGCAGUAUGACAAGGGUUGCAUCAACUGCAUUGGCCCAAGUUUUCGAUCAGAUGGGAACACUGGGAGUUCUUACACAGAUACUGAGGUGUUUUGAUCAUGGAGAAAAUACCAUUCCUUUGCACUUGUACAAUCUGAGGAUUGAUUGCUGCCUUUUAAAAUUUUAUGAGAGACAGUUAUAAUUGACUCUUUUAAAUAUGCCAUUAGAAUUAAUUUAUAUCAGACUGGAAAAUGUACUUGGCUUUUUAAUUUAUUUUUCUUUUAUGCCGACAGUGAAACAUCCACGUUUUGAAAAUAUUUUAUUCCAUAGUUUAAUAUCCAGGUGUCCCUGAGAGCCACGUAUCUAAAGUGUUCCGUCAGGAGCCUCACUGUUCAUGUCGUUGCUGAGUCUGGAGGCGGUUUGGCCUUGCUUCUGCUGGAAAUGCAGCUGAGGAUCUGAAGUUACUCUUUGAAUUUUCUUUCCUAACGAUUGCCUUUUCUUCAUGAGGCUAUCAUCACUGCUUUGGCCAAAGAGAACAUCUUUGGCACUAAAGAAAUGUAUGUGGCUUCAAAAUGUAUUGGUUUCUACAUUGGCUUUCCUGAGAGCUCAUGGGGUGAGCAAGGUGCGUUCCUUGAAAAUAUUCUAUUCCCUCUAUGUUGUGUAGGAUGAGGAAAAUGAAGGGGUGAAGGAAGUAGACCUUUAACUCAUUUUAUUCAUCUGUCAGAGUCAUUCAUUCAGCUAAAAUGUAUCAUGCAUGUAAUACGUGCCAGGCAUUGUGCUGAGUGCUGAGGGUGGAGAGAUGUUCUUGGAGGUAGUUGCUUGAUCUCGCUCCUGCUAUAGUGACCAAGGGUAAGACUGAGAACUUAGCUCCAUGGACUUAUUCAGAAGAUGUCGUGACUGUGAACAAGUCUUAGAGGUUUUUCUCAGCUCUCAGAAACUGCAAAUCUGUAUGCGGGGUUCGAAGCACCAACUCCACAGCAAUGUGAAACCAAAUGCUGCAGGGUACAUCAAAUGAUGGCAUGUGAACCCUGCCAUCAUAAACCAUGAGCUCAGCUGUUCUUACCCAGGUAACAGUGGCGUGGGGAACAUGACCUCCAUCUCUUUCCCCUUGCUUCCCGCCUCUGGGUUUGGUUGUUACUCUUUUUACUCCUGCUUGAAUCAUUAUGACUAGUCUUACAUUUCUGAAUGUAUGAUUUGAGGGGAAAGGCUGGUAAGAUGUUUCUGUAUGGUCGGGGCUUGGACUGUGUUGCUGGCACUGUCAGCGUUAGAGCCAUCACCUUCCCUCCUCUUCCUUCAAUCACUUGAGCAUACCUCUUUCCUUUGGACACUCCCACCACAUCCCACGUUAAUGAGCAGGCCCGCUUCUCUCAGGGUCAGUGCUGCAUCCUGGGAGAGCAGCCGUGGAUGGGUCUCGCCUGAAUUGCGUCUUUGGGCAGGUCGGGUGUUAACUCAGACACAGCAGUGUGACUUGGCUUAGAGGCAUCCACUGACUUUGGAGAUAAACGCUUGCUCAGGCCAGCUGUGCAGUCCGUGUGCAGGAAGCUGGCUACCUUUGCAUUGGUGUACAUGCUGGCUUUCAUUUCAUUAGGUUUGCAAUCUGCUGGCCUUUGUUGACCUAAACAGCUAGUAUUCUGGUGUCUCAACAGGGAACCUGGAUGGUUUUGAUUUCUUCCUAUUUUUGAAAAAGAGUUAUUUUGAGGUCCUUUUCAUAUUCCUAUCUUUCCCUUAUUUUUGGUUUGUCAAAGCCUAGCCAGUGGUGCUGGGCCCCUAGAAUUAGCCUCAUAGCCAACUCUCAAGUUAGUAAGUCCAUGUAGGGGUCCUGAGACUCACUGUCCCCUAAUAUUAUGUGAGCUGAGAAAAUUUAAGUGGGAGAAUAGGAUAUUAUCUUGUGCAAGAUGUCAUUGUAUCCCUGUUUUAUCGAUAAGAAAGCAAGACUCAGAGAAAGAUGACUCGCUAAUAAGUCAGAAUUCCUGUUUUUUUCCACUGAACUGUGCUGCCAUUGAUAACCCCCGCUUCUCCUCUGAGGAAGUGAGGAAGUAGGGGUGUCAGCUGAGCUAGCCUGAGCUCUUUUGAGGAGGUGAGUGAUUGAUGGAAUUUAGAAUCAGCAAGGAAUAGGCUUUGUGCAUCAGGGAAGGUGAUGGGCACUCUGCGUGCGUGAGCUUCUGUCUUACUCCAGGCUGGCCAUGGAUGAUACGCACUUCUGCCUAUGAAUUUUGCUGCCCCUGCCCACUUUUGCCCGGGGACAAAGGAAGGGCAUUUUUGGAGCUAAUUAUGGUAGUUCUGUUCCUUCUUCUUUGAGCUACUGGGAGGAGGGAACUUUGACAUUAGAAAUAGUUUGUGUGCAUUUAGAGGUGCACACAAGACCCCCCCCCACCCUGUCCCCCCACCUCACGAAGUGUUGAACUGCCUCUUGGAGAGUCAGUUUCCUUGAAGAAGUGUCUCCAGUUCUUAUUUGAGAAAAUCGUGCUUAGUUAUAACUUCACUAGAUGCACAUGACCUUAGGGCCUGUGGCCUAUACUAAGCUUUCUGACUGAUCAGAAGCAGUAGAGCAGCUUCAGGCUUUCUGCCCUGUUCAUGUUGGUUGUUGGAUUCCCCUUCACCUGCCACCAACAUCUUAAGAGCAAGAAGCCUGGGGAAGUUGGAGAUUCAAUAGACUGACCCACCAUUUUUGUAGUUUCUUUUCAGUUAUGUGCAGGCUUGGUUAUGACACAUGAAGAGAUGUACCUGGUAUUCCAGCGUCUUACAAGGCAAAAGUUCUUAUAUCUGUUAACUAAACUACUUCCUGGGAGAAAAAGAGGCAGUAUAUAAUUAAAUCCUGAAUUUGCCUUUGGAGACAGAUGAGCUGUGGUGAGGAAGUUGAAAACACAUUUGUGACUAGUGGCUCCUUUUUUUGAGUUAAUGACAGCAAUGCCCUCUUUGACCAGUCUGUUUUUAAGGCAGUGCCAGAUUGAUUUGAAUAAUCUGAUUGGUCAGGCUACACGUUGCCAGCAUGUCAGGUGAUUUUUAAUUCCUUUAUGUGACUGUUGACUUUAGGGGUCAGUCAUUUGUAGGAUCCAGCUUGCAUGUAGGUUAAGAAAGAGAAGUACGUUUUGCAUUUGUUGUUUGUAGUUCUUAUUCUAUCAGCCAUGCAUGAAAAGUUCACAGCCGUAACGCUGAUAUAGGAUCUUCAUGGAGAGAAGAGUCGAGUUUCACUUUUGACUACUUUGGAGUAGUACCCAGGAUUUUGGGCAGGCCUCCCUUUAUUUUGGUUGUUAUGGCAUCUUUCAGUAAGCAAAAAUUGACUAUCUUAUGCCAGGCAUUAUGCGAAGCUCUGCAGCAGCUCAGGUGAAGAGGACAUGGUUCUCAUUCUCAUUCUCAUAAGGAAUGAAUAAUUCUUUAGCCAAAUCCUGAUUGAGAGAAAGAAGCAGAUGAAAGGAAUCAGCGAUUUAUGAGUAGAAGCUGUCUGCACAGUUUCAGCACUGGUGAUUAGGGGUGUCCCACCCAUGGAGUUGACUGAAGCACUUUUUUAAUCUAAGAGGACUUAUACUAGUCCUCCAGCUCUGAGAUGAGAGCCAGGCCAUUUGAAUUCUGUGACUACCCAGGUCCCUCUGCUCCCUCCUGCAUGUAUUCUUGCUUCCACAUAGCUAUGUACUACUGGUUCCUCCCUAUGAACAAGGCUGUAAGUGAUUUUUCUCUCCCUGAGGGAAAAAUAAUAAUCUUCAAAAUAAAUAAGAUAAGGGAUGCAAACUCCUCAGCACAAUGCCUUGUGCAUAUUAGGCACUCAGCAAAUGUUACUGUCACGAUUUCAGGGUUAGACUGUAGGCCAAGAUUAAGAGUCUUAAUUUGUGCUCCUUAAAUGCUAGAGGCCUGGGCAAUGUAUUUCUUUUUGAAUGUGACCCUGUAAUUUGGUUGCUUCUAGAAUGGUUAAAGAAGAGUUUCUGCUCACGGUCAACUUUUUAAAAUAUCUAGUGGGUAUAGUUGGGCUAUUGUAUGAUGCAGGUGAUUCUACCUUUACAAAAGAUUCUAUUCUUUAAAAAAGAAAAGAGAAAUGACUCUCAUAUUUUGGUAAAUUUAAAAAAAAUUUUAGUAUCUAUCUCAGAGAAAAAUAAUUACACUUCAGAAUGGUGAUUGUGUUAAAACUGCCCCAGUUUGCUACCUUAAGGUAGCUCCUGUGUAGGUUGGACUUUAUUUCUUCUCAUCUCUGAAUUAAAGGCAUUGGCUUCAUGCUGCCUCUGCGUCCAGGCUCUUGUCAGUUGUUGGCAUCUGUGAACCUCUGGCACCAUCGCUGUUUUCUAAGCCUACCUUCUAGUUCUUACUGUUAGGAUGCUACUUCAUCAUGAUAUGAGGAGAUAUUUUAUGAUGGGUUUUUUUUUAAACUUCCUUUUUUGAAGAUACUUUUUAAAAAGAAAUCUACUGGUUAGAUUUUCUUUGUCUCACAAAGAUGUUUUUAGAGAUUAUUUUGUUCAUAAGCAUUUCUUUCUCAUGGUGAUAAUCAACUGAUUUUUGUCUACAAAUGUUGGCCUGUCACAAUAUUUUUUCAAUAUAGAUUCUAUUUACCAAAUGACCAUUUUAGUGUUUUUAAAAGGUACUGAGGAUUGAGAUAUAUAAAUCAGGUGACAAAAAUAUGAAAAUUAUGUGCCUAAAUAUUUUUGUAAAGGUGUCAAAUAAAUACUUUUUCUUCAACCCA